UUUUCGUACGACAGACAAUUUCAGGGACCUCUAGAGUAUUUAAACCUUAAAGAUAUUCUGACACAAAAAUUUCACUGCAGCCAUGAGAGUACAUUUGUUGGAAAGGGUGAGUUCAUUCUCAGAUACAUGAAUCAUUUUUCAGCUGUUCAGCACUUGCCUCUAUUCUCCUUCAAGUAUAAAGUUGGCACCUUUGGAAUCAGUCAAUGGUUUUGGAUAUGGAAAAAAGCAUAUAUAUGUUUCUCACUGUACACCGUUGGGAGUCCCUGAAUUGCAUGAAUUAUAGACUAGGUUCCCUCAGGCCUGUCCAUGGAAGGUUAGCUCUCAAGUUUCUUAAAUGGUUCAUGAAGCAACCCAAUUUGGAGCUCAAUCAUGUGACCCAUAUAAUUUCUACUACCACUCAUGUACUUGUUAGAGCUAGAAUGUACAACUUUGCCAAAACAGCCUUGACACAUUUGUUACAUAUGCCAAUUGGUUUGAACUCUGUUUUUGGUGCUUUGCUGGAAACAUACCCCAUUUGCAACUCAAACCCUGCUGUUUUUGACCUCCUGAUUAGAGUUUGUUUGAGGGAAAUAAUGGUUGGAGAUGCUGUGCAGAUUUUUUACUUGAUGGGUUUUCGAGGGUUUAAGCCCUCGGUGUAUACUUGUAACAUGGUGCUAGGUUCCUUGGUAAAGGAUCGGAAGAGUGAGCUGUUUUGGUCCUUUUUCAAAGGAAUGCUUGCCAAGAGAGUUAAUCCUUAUGUUGCUACAUUCAACAUAUUGUUAAAUGCUUUAUGCGAACGAGGGCGGUUUAAAAGUGCUGGCUUUCUCCUGAGGAAAAUGGAAGAAAGUGGUCAUUUUCCAACUGCAGUCACUUAUAAUACUUUGCUUAAUUGGUAUUGCAAGAAAGGGAGGUUUAAGGCUGCAUCUGAGCUGAUUGAUUGCAUGACAUCUAAGGGUAUUGCGGCAGAUAUUUGUACAUAUAAUGUGUUGGUAGAUAAUUUGUGCAGGGAAAGCAGGAGUGCAAAAGCUUAUUUAAUAUUGAGAAGGAUGAGAAAGAAUAUGGUGUAUCCUAAUGAGAUAACGUAUAAUACUCUUAUCAAUGGAUUUGUUAAGGAGGGGAAAAUUGGAGUUGCUGCUAAAGUUUUUGAAGAGAUGUUGUCCUUUAAUUUGUUACCAAACUGUAUCACUUACAAUACUUUGAUUGACGGGCACUGUAGUAAGGGCAACAUAGAGGAAGCUUUCAGACUUUUGGAUGAAAUGGUAUCGCAUGGUUUGAAACCCAAUGAAGUAACAUAUGGGGCUCUUUUAAAUGGGCUGUCCAAGCAUUCUAAAUUUGGAUUGGUUUCCAGUACUCUUGAGAGAAUGAGGAUGAAUGGGGUGAGAGUCGGUCAUAUUAGUUAUACAGCAAUGAUUGAUGGGUUGUGUAAGAAUCGCUUGCUUGAAGAAGCUGUGCACUUGCUGGAUGAUAUGUUAAAAGCUUCUAUCAAUCCUGAUGUUGUUACGUUUUCUGUGCUCAUAAAUGGAUUUCUCAGGGCUGGGAAGAUAAAUAAUGCAAAGGAGAUAAUGUGUAAAAUGUAUAAGACUGUACUUGUACUUAACAACAUUUUGUACUCAACAUUAAUCUACAACUACUGCAAGAUGCGAAACCUAAAAGAAGCGUUGAAUACUUACGCAGUUAUGAACCACAGUGGUCAUGUUUCAGAUCACUUUACUUGUAAUGUCUUGGUUGCCACUUUCUGUAGAAGCGGGAGACUUAAAGAGGCUGAGUAUUUUAUGGAUCACAUGAGCAGGAUGGGUCUUGAUCCUAGCACUUCCGCAUUUGAUUGCAUUAUAAAUAGUUAUGGAAAUUCUGGUGAUGCAUUAAAAGCAUUUUCUGUGUUUGAUCAAAUGAAAAGUGUCUGUCAUUUCCCAAGUCAGUUCACAUAUGGGGGUCUAUUGAAAGGUCUUUUCUCUGGUGGGUAUAUUAAGGAAGCCAAAACAUUUUUGGAUAGACUUCUUAGUUGCAUUCCCUAUGCCAUUGAUAGUGUUAUCUACAGCACAAUACUUACUUGGACAUGCAGAUCAGGAAACAUAUCGGAUGCGGUUUCCCUUAUUAAUGAAAUGGUCAUGAAGAAUUUUGUGCCUGACAGUUAUACGUACACUAAUCUUAUUGGAAUGCUAUGCAAGAAGGGUAAAGUGGUUGCUGCACUCCUUUUGUCAGGAAAUGCAAUGGAGAAAGGAUUAUUAUCUCCAAAUCCUGCCAUGUACACUAGUUUAGUUGAUGCUGUCCUUAAGGAAGGUCAUUCAAAAGCUGCUUUGUAUAUUUUUGAAGAUAUGCUGAACAAAGGUGUUGGCCCUGAUACUAUAACAUUCAAUGUGCUUAUGAAUCAAUACUCAAGAAAAGGGAAAAUGUCGAAGGUAAAUGAUAUCCUAUUAGCAAUGAGGAAUAGAAGUCUGUGCUUCAACUUGGCUACUUACAAUAUUCUCCUGCAUGGAUAUUCAAAGAGGCUGAAUGUGGAAAGAUGUUCUAUGUUGUACAAGGACAUGAUCAGGCAUGGUUUUGCACCAGACAGGUUAACAUGGCAUGCUCUUAUUCUUGGAUUUUGUAAGUCGGGAUCAUUUGAUGUUGCUGUCAAAAUUUUAAGAUGGAUAACACUUGAAGGUUCUGUAGCUGAUUGUUCUACAUUUAACAUGCUGAUUACCGAGUUAUGUGAACGGAAUGAGAUAAAAAUGGCCAUUGAUCUGGUAAAACAAAUGAAUCUGUUAGGAGUUAUUCCUAAGGUAGAUACAUACAACUCCCUUUUUAAUGGACGCAUUAGAACUUGUGCUUUUGAGGAAGCCCAUUGUGUUUUGCAAGCCUUGGUGGAAAGGGGUUAUGUUCCUACAUGUAAACAAUAUAUUACUUUAAUUAAUGGCAUGUGUAGGGUGGGAAACGUAAAAGGAGCCAUGAAGCUACAAGAUGAGAUGAAAACACUUGGUGUCAGCUCCCAAGAGGUUGCUAUGAGUGCUAUUAUUAGAGGACUAUUGUAUCACCACUUACUAGAUACAUUUUCAGUUUCUCUUAAUUGUAAUGCUAAUUGUUAGUGGUUAGUAAUGUUAGUUAGUGUCUAAAUGAACAGUUGCUUGUAAACAGUGAAGUAUGUAAUUCUGUUACCAACAUCAGUGUGUAUGUAAGCAUUCUGAAUCUCUGAUCAAUGAGAAAUCGAGAAUCAACAAGCUUUUUGA